UCGAGCGUUUGCCGUCGUGUAAGAGCGAGGCAUGUGUGCGGACGGACGCGAAGGUGCGCGCUGAUCGUGCACUUUUUUUCUCGCUCGUGUGUUCACCCGGGCGUGCUUUACGUCCCACGCACCCGAGCAAGGCCUUUCACCGCCGAAACACUGACCGAAAUAUCACCCUCCUCUUUCCCCUCAACGACCGCCCGGAUUAUGACACCGAUGGACUCCGACUCCGAGAGCCAGGACAGCGAUGAGGGUCGGCGCUUUCGUUUCGAGGCUACGCGCAAGGAGCCGGUUGCGCCCGUGGACAGGAGCGGCCGCGGCAAGUCGCCGAGGAAGAGGCCGUCGAAGCACAAGUCGUCGCGCUGCGACGACAGCAGGUAUUGUCACCGCGAGCGGAAGGAGCGGUCGAAGCACGAGAGCCGGAAGACCGACGACAAGGACCUCCGGCACCUGAUCGGCAAGCACGCGUGGAGCGGACGGCAAGAGGACGGCAAGAAUUCGCACAAGGACCACCGGGACGCGUCCGCCGGCUCGAGGCAUUCCAGCGGCGACGCGAGACCGCGGGACUCGAAGCGGCAGUCGGACCGGAGCGUCCACCGGGCGCAACGGUCGCGCGAGCACUCCUACGAGAGGAAUCACGAGGAACGGGCGUCGAGCGACAAGCGCCGGUGCACCCGCGAGAGGCACAAGCAUCGUUCCCGGGAGCGCUCCCACCAGUCGGCCAAGGCGAAGCCUUCGGACUGGCCCAGCCGCGAAGACCACGGCAAGCCGGACUCCGGCAGGAAGCUGUCGGUGAAGGAGAACAGGUCGCAGAACUCCAGGAACCACUCGUCGCCGAAGAGCGCCGCGCGGGACGGCCCGACGUUCCUCGUCGCGGCGGCCGAGGAUGCGAAGAAGGAGCCGUCGUUGGCGGACGCUCAGGACUGCGAGGAGCUGGACCUGUCGCAGUUCGACGUGCUGUCGGAGACCGACGAGAACACGUCCGACGGGCCGACGGACUCGCGCUGUCCCCGCUUGUCCUCGCGGCACCGCGACUCCGGCGGAGAUCGCGAGCCGCCGAAGAAGCGGGCGCGAACAGAACGGCGGGCAGGGCGCAAGGUAAACGCGAGGAGCGACGACGAUGACGACGACGACGAGCCGUCCACGGCGUCCGCCGCGAGUAAUAAUAAUCCUAGUGCCGUUUCAGAUUCCUCACUAGUCCCGGCCGCGACGAUCCCCGAGAAAACGGGGGACGCGCGCGCGGACUCCGCGAGAGAAACGCACCGCGAGCCGGCGAGCACGACGCUCGCUCGCGGCGACGCGGCGCGUCUCGGGGAGAAAGACUCGCGACACCCCGCUGUCGCCGCUUCGGGCGAGACGCGAUCGUCCGAGAGAGUCGUGGAGCGGAGCGAACCGCAGACCGGUCCGCUCCCGACGCCGCCGGAAGUGACGUCCCGUACGACGUUCGGGCAACUCGAGACGUCCUCCCCGAGGCGUCUCGAGAGGAACGCCGACGGUGCGGGUGACGGCGAGGGGACCAGCAGGAGGGCUAUCAUCGGACCUUGCUUACCGCCAGCCGUCGAACCUCGAGCGAACGACCGACGCGAAGCCGUGGAGGACGAGGAAGCAGCCUUCGGCCCGGCACUGCCACCGCAUCUGCUGCAACGAAUGCGCGACAACGAGUCGCAGGACGGGAUCAUCGGCCCCGUGCUGCCGGACUGCGCGAAGAAAGCCUCGCCGGAAGCGGAUUCAGACGACGAGUGCGCGAUAGGACCCUUGCCCGAGGACCAUCCGGCUCUGAGGAACAGCCGCGUGCACCAGCAGUUGGACCUGAGGGCCCGCACAAUCAAGUACGAGAGCUGCUCGGAGCAGGUCGACGUCGACAACAAACGCGAGGAAUGGAUGACAGAGUUGCCGCCGGCCCAGGCUGCCAACUUAGGACUGGGCCCGCGCAAGUUCCGCAUCAGGGAUGGCCCGGAUAUGUCGGACAGGUCGUGCUGGACUGACACGCCCGCGCAACGAGCUCAGAAGCAAAGAGACUCGGAGGUGAGGAAAUUUAGCAAUACGGAAGAUUCAGACAGAAAACGCGCGAAAGAACGUCACAAGAAGGAAGCGGACAAGAGCAACAAGCACGAGAAGUCUCUGUUGGAGAUACACCAAAGUAAAAUGGCCAAGAAGAAAAAGAAAGAGGAGAAAGAGGCGAAGCUAAGCGGGAGAUCCACGAGAAGGCCGUUCGACAGAGACAUCGACCUGCAAGUGAGCCGAUUCGAUCAGGCGCAGAAGAAGACUGUUCUUAUGAAAGCACAGAUGCUCAACGAUAGAUUCUCGCGUGGGCAAAUUUGAAUCUUCACCGCUUGAAACGGGCUCAGGAUAGAAGUGACCGUUGAUCGCGCGGUCGAAUUGUCGAUGGAGUGCCAAUUCAGAGAUUGGCGGACGUUGAACGACGUGUGUUCGACGUCGUGCAGAUUGGUGCCUUGAAUUUGGAGCGAGUUCCGAUAUCUUCUGAUUCAUUGAAUCGGGAUCUCACGUGAACGUUUUACAGAACGGAGGGAAUACGUACUUUGAACCUAGUUCUAUUCAUACUUUUUUACCGUGAUCUGUAUAAUUUAAUACGCGACGCGCGCGCGCCACCGAUGGCGCGUAGCGACGUUUUCGUGAAAUUUUAUUUAGCGAUCGGCGAGUUUGGCCGCGAUCCCGGUUUUAUUUUUGUGAAAACGUGCGGCGCUUUCUCUCUCUCUCUCUCUCUCUCUCCCUCUCUCUCUCUCUCUCUCUCUCUCUCUCUUUUUUCUUUCUUUUUUCUCACGUCACGUUUCUCUCAUCGUCACGAUCUUUCGGAGAGGAGCGCCGAGUCGUAAGUUGGAGACACACAGUGUAUUAAUAUAAAUUUAUCUGGAUACAUAUAUGUAUCAGAUACGAACCGAUCGUAUUGUUUUAGAAGAGAGACGAAAUUUUCGUAACAUCUCGUUUUAUCUCUUUCCUAUAAAGUCGUAUUUCGUAACGCGCCACGACGACGCAUAUGUGUCACAUUUCGGACGUCGGUAUCUUUUAUAAAUAGCGUUCGUUCACGCAUAUGUUCACGAUGUAUAUAGCAUUGUUCUUGUGAUUGUAUCGUAAGAAUGAACCGAUAACAAUGUAAUGUAACAAUGACAGCAACAACGAUGGAUCGUACGGCCAAUUUCCGCGCGUAGCGUGCGCACGCGCGCGCGCGAGUGUUAAGUAGAUAUGUCGCUUAUUGUAUUCGUUCGUCGCACGUAUUUUCUAAGCGAGACAAGUACAAAAUAGUGUAAAAUACUUAGCACACACGUAUGUAACACGUACGUACCUCGAAGAAACACAUAUUACUGUGAACGCGAAUAAUCACGUGCUCGCGAUGCUUCCGUGAGCAUGAGGUUAAACGACAGCACUGAUACCGUUUACGCUUUCACGUGGUCGCGUCGUGCGAGAAAAACUGUAUCGUUACGAUUUAUACCAUGCAAUAUUUGACCAUAAUUUCACGACGAAAUUAUGCCUGCGUAAUUGCAUUUCGAUACAUAAAGAUCGGACAUGUCAAUUCA